CACCAUAAUGGAACAUACAUUUCACAUCUACCAAAACUCAUCACAUCCUGAUAGUGUCAUCACUUCUUCCUAGCUACCUCAACAUUUAUAGUUCUCCAACCUUUCUUCAUCCAUUUUGAUCUUGAAAAUUGACCACCAUGCCUAAUCUUAUUGUGAUCGACCGCAUAGCGAUCGGAACUGUAGCGGCCGACUUUCAUCCUAAUGCAUUCAAGGCUGCGUUGGCUGAGUUCAUCAGUACUUUAAUUUUUGUGUUUGCUGGACAAGGGUCUACGAUGGCGUACAACAAACUUACAUCAAAUGCACCAACAUCCCCGGCUGGGCUGAUUGCCGUGGCACUAGCACACGCAUUCGGCUUAUUUGUGGCAGUUGCUACCAGUGCCAACAUCUCCGGAGGCCAUUGCAACCCUGCUGUUACUUUUGGUGCUUUCCUUGGUGGCAACAUUACUCUCCUCCGUGGGAUUCUAUAUUGGAUUGCACAACUCCUUGGUUCAACCGUGGCUUGCUUGCUUCUUAAGUUUACCACUCAUUACAUGACAGUCUCAGUAUUCACUCUGUCAUCUGGGGUGAGUGUAUGGAACGCAUUUGUGUUUGAGAUUGUAAUGACUUUUGCCCUAGUUUACACCGUAUAUGCAACAGCCAUCGAUGCAAAGAAAGGUGAUGUGGGAGUCAUUGCACCUCUAGCCAUUGGCUUUGUACUGGGAGCUAACAUUUUGGCUGGUGGAGCUUUUGAAGGAGCAGCCUUGAACCCCGCGGUACCUUUCGGACCGGCUUUGGUGAGCUGGAACUGGCACCACCACUGGGUUUACUGGGCUGGACCUUUGAUCGGAGGCGGGCUUGCCGGGGUUGUUUACGAGCUAAUCUUCAUCAGCCACACUCACGAGCCACUGUCCGUUGUAGAAUAUUAGAGAGAAAUCCAUGGAUCCACCAGUCUCUGCUAUUUAUUAUCGAUAUUUAAUUAGUUAAUCAAAAUCCGAGGUUUUUUUUUUUUAAAUUAAGUUCUGUUUAAUUUGUUUAAGACUACGUUGAAUUUUUCCUUGUUAUUAUUGUUGUGAGAACUUCAACUUGUCUUGUAAGGUGGUCGUUUUGGUUGUUGGGCAAGCAUGUAGGAGGUAUUGUUGUGUUAAUUAUCUCCUCACUAUUAUUGUAUGGUUAAUUUAUUUUUAAGGUCAUGUGUUUUCAUGGUCUCAUGUUUUAGGUUUAA